AUGCAGGUGCUCCCCAUCCUUCUCACUGCGGCUGCGACGGUGUGCAGCUCUGCCUGGGCUUCCUCCGGGGCGCAGUUCCGAGUGUUCGACAACACGGCGUACGUCAACACGACGAUCGGGUACGGGACGACCAACAUCAACUGGAUACCCAACUACGUGUGCCAUCCACUGGUGCAGGGCGGCGUGCUGCCGGCGGCCGAGGCGUGGAAGAGCGCAGUGCGCGAGUGGAACAUCUACCCGGGCUAUCCUCUCGUGCUGGACUGCGAAGACCUGUACUUCAAGAACGCGUCGACGGCCGACCUGAACCUGCACAUCCUCUCUGCCCUCCAGACCUGGGCCGACGAGGUGGUGUCGCCGGGCCAGAUCAUCGGCUGGUACGGGUUGUCGGGGAACACGCUUCCCACUCUCUACGACCACUAUCGCAGUCUGAUUGCCAACCACAGCGCGCACGCCUUUUUCCCGUCCGCCUACACCUUCACCAGCAACCUGUCCAGUUGGAACAGUUCGCUGAACUCGGUCGUGCAGACCAUCAAGACCAUCGACGACAGCUUGCCCAUCUGGCCGUACACCUGGCCUCAGUACCACAACAACUACACCUUCUUGCCCGUGGACCUGUGGAAGAGUGAGUUGCAGCUCCUGCAGGCGAGGCGUGACAUUGACGGCUUCGUCAUCUGGGGCGGCAAGAACCAUGCCGUGUGCAACGAUACCUGCCAGGCCACCGCCGGGCAACAGCCGUGGCUCAAUGCCACCAGGACCUAUCUGGCCACUCUCUACGGCUUGUACACUGGCCAAGCAGAGAGGUCUGGAGCCCAAGUGUUUUCAUAA